AUGUCAGGAGGACCCGGUGGUGGUGGUACCACUCCCAUGUUUCAGGAGUGGUUACAAGAAUUGUCGAAGAAGGGGACAUUGACAAGUAGUUCGGGUGGUCAGAAAAUUACAGACAAGUUGAAAGGAGAAUUGGAGGAGGCAUUAAAGGAAUUGGGCAGUUCGAUUGCGGACAGGUGGGAAUCGUAUGAAGUAUCGCUCCACUGUGCGGAAGCGUGGAAACUUGUGGAGGCGGGGGGUCAGCAGAAGAAUGAUUAUCUGCAGGAGUUAUGUAAAGGAAUCGCUGAAAUAAAAUAUUUCAUGAGUGGAGUAAAGACGGUGAGAACUGGGCAGGCGGCGACGUCGGAUAAGGGCGCAGAAAUUACGAAGCUCACGGACGAUAAUACUUAUCCACGCUGUAUUGUUGGUGCAUUGGUCCUAUCUGAACUGUAUGCAGAUCACUGUCACUUUGACAAAGUGAUUGGGCACUUGGGGGAUAAAGUGGAUGAGAAGAUAAAGACAGGGCACACCACGGCUGCCGACAACUUGGAUAUAUGUAAAGAAGUUACCAAGGAGGAUUUAGUGUUCGCUAAGUCUCUUCUUCAAAAUAAAAUCAAACAAUGGACAGAAGGAGAAAGGAAGGAGGGGCACGAUUUCAGGAGGUGGAGGAUAUAUAAGCCCUGGACGUAUUGGCAACAUGUUUGUGGGAGCGGAAGAGGAGACAAGGCGAAACUACAACAACACAGGAAAAAAAAUGCACCAAGUAUGACAACCUUCCUGAAACUUAACGACAACAACACUUCUAGCAGGAACGAAGUCUCCAUAGAAGACGUCCUUGCGGACGGCGAAAAUAAAUACACCGUCCAACAGGACAAAUUAGAAGAAAAACUCUCAAAAGCAAUAAAGAAUGGCAGCUCAGUGGACCCUGAUGCCAUGAAGGAACUUACUCAAAUGUUAACCGACAAAUCCCACACUGUAAAAG